GCGCCAACCAACCGCCAACCGGUGCGCUGGCUGCAGAGGGAUAACGUGCAAAUGAAGCAAGGCAAGACACGAACAUAGCGAACAACGGUUGACCGCGUACAGACACCGAUGGUUUGAGGAGUUUGGCGUAUGCGUUACAUAUUUUGGCAUGUCACUGUGACUCGUUAUUAUUUGAAGAAUACAUAUCUUUAGGACUUCACCUUCAAGGCAUAAUUACAUGAGCGGGUGACUAGACAUGGUCUUCUGUCUAACUACCCGAAGAUUUCCUCGAAGGUCUCUUUGAUAAUUCCGUGCGCCAUCACUGAGCAAAAUCCGCGUGAGAAGCAGACGGUCGCUCAGAGUUUGGGACCAGGGAGAUUCCGAAGGAGAGAGGGAACAUUCAUGUUAUUUCUCAGAUCGUUGGAGAACAGCUGUGUGAUGCUGUGGCUGCUGGUCCUUGUCCUGCCCGGGGUAGCAUGCAGUGCCCUGACCCAGAACCUUCUACAGCCAGACAAUGACCACAGAGACGGUGCUGUUGCCGUGACGACCCGGCCCCACAUCUACUACUGCCGCUCGCCCAACAUGGAGGUCUUCACCUGCUGGUGGCAUCCCCUUGACAACAACUCCGAGAGUGACGACAACAUCACCUACAGCCUCACCUACUCCUUAGAAAAGGGGCCGAGGCAUGAGUGUCCAGACUAUGUAACGGGCGGCCCCAACAGUUGUCACUUUGACAGCGGCCACACAUCCAUCUGGACCAGAUACUGCAUGAACGUGGUGGCCAGGACCUCCCACGGAGUGUUCAGCUCCAAGGACCACUGUCUGGAAGUGGCUGAUAUAGUGGAGACAGAGGCUCCGGUUAACUUGACCUACACCCUGUUGAAUGAGACGGAGGAGGAAGCUGGCCGCACCGCCAUGGUGUCCUGGGUUUACCCCAAUCCCUCCCACAUCCAGUACGGUUGGAUCACCCUGGUCUUCGAGCUGCAGUACCGACACAUCGCCGAGCCCAACAACUGGAAGGUGAAGGGCUUGCUGAGAGAGCCUUGUCUGGAGCUGCUGGAUCUGCCGGUAGGAGAGUACAUUGUCAGGGUGAGAUGCCGUUCCCGCAACAACGGCCUCUGGAGCAAGUGGAGCACCCCUGUCCUACUCUGCGUCCCAGUCAAAUCUACCCCCGUUGCUGUUGCCGUGACGACCCGGCCCCACAUCUACUACUGCCACUCGCCCAACAUGGAGGUCUUCACCUGCUGGUGGCAUCCCCUUGACAACAACUCCGAGAGUGACGACAACAUCACCUACAGCCUCACCUACUUCUUAGAAAAUGGGCCGAGGCGUGAGUGUCCAGACUAUGUAACGGGCGGCCCCAACAGUUGUCACUUUGACAGCGGCCACACAUCCAUCUGGACCAGAUACUGCAUGAACGUGAUGGCCAGGACCUCCCAUGGAGUGUUCAGCUCCAAGGACCACUGUCUGGAUGUGGCUGAUAUAGUGGAGACAGAGGCUCCGGUUAACUUGACCUACACCCUGUUGAAUGAGACGGAGGAGGAAGCUGGCCGCACCGCCAUGGUGUCCUGGGUUUACCCCAAUCCCUCCCACAUCCAGUACGGUUGGAUCACCCUGGUCUUCGAGCUGCAGUACAGACGCAUCGCCGAGCCCAACAACUGGAAGGUGAAGGGCUUGCUGAGAGAGCCUUGUCUGGAGCUGCUGGAUCUGCCGGUAGGAGAGUACAUUGUCAGGGUGAGAUGCCGUUCCCGCAACAACGGCCUCUGGAGCAAGUGGAGCACCCCUGUCCUACUCUGCGUCCCAGUCAAAUCUACCCCCGGUGCUGUUGCCGUGACGAACCAGCCCCACAUCUACUACUGCCGCUCGCCCAACAUGGAGGUCUUCACCUGCUGGUGGCAUUCCCUUGACAACAACUCCGAGAGUGACGACAACAUCACCUACAGCCUCACCUACUCCUUAGAAAAUGGGCCGAGGCGUGAGUGUCCAGACUAUGUAACGGGCGGCCCCAACAGUUGUCACUUUGACAGCGGCCACACAUCCAUCUGGACCAGAUACUGCAUGAACGUGAUGGCCAGGACCUCCCAUGGAGUGUUCAGCUCCAAGGACCACUGUCUGGAUGUGGCUGAUAUAGUGGAGACAGAGGCUCCGGUUAACUUGACCUACACCCUGUUGAAUGAGACGGAGGAGGAAGCUGGCCGCACCGCCAUGGUGUCCUGGGUUUACCCCAAUCCCUCCCACAUCCAGUACGGUUGGAUCACCCUGGUCUUCGAGCUGCAGUACCGACGCAUCGCCGAGCCCAACAACUGGAAGGUGAAGGGCUUGCUGAGAGAGCCUUGUCUGGAGCUGCUGGAUCUGCCGGUAGGAGAGUACAUCGUCAGGGUGAGAUGCCGUUCCCGCAACAACGGCUUCUGGAGCAAGUGGAGCACCCCUGUCCUACUCUGCGUCCCAGUCAAAUCUACCCCCGGUGCUGUUGCCGUGACGACCCGGCCCCACAUCUACUACUGCCGCUCGCCCAACAUGGAGGUCUUCACCUGCUGGUGGCAUCCCCUUGACAACAACUCAGAGAGUGACGACAACAUCACCUACAGCCUCACCUACUCCUUAGAAAAGGGGCCGAGGCGUGAGUGUCCAGACUAUGUAACGGGCGGCCCCAACAGUUGUCACUUUGACAGCGGCCACACAUCCAUCUGGACCAUAUACUGCAUGAACGUGGUGGCCAGGACCUCCCACGGAGUGUUCAGCUCCAAGGACCACUGUCUGGACGUGGCUGAUAUAGUGGAGACAGAGGCUCCGGUUAACUUGACCUACACCCUGUUGAAUGAGACGGAGGAGGAAGCUGGCCGCACCGCCAUGGUGUCCUGGGUUUACCCCAAUCCCUCCCACAUCCAGUACGGUUGGAUCACCCUGGUCUUCGAGCUGCAGUACAGACGCAUCGCCGAGCCCAACAACUGGAAGGUGAAGGGCUUGCUGAGAGAGCCUUGUCUGGAGCUGCUGGAUCUGCCGGUAGGAGAGUACAUCGUCAGGGUGAGAUGCCGUUCCCGCAACAACGGCCUCUGGAGCAAGUGGAGCACCCCUGUCCUACUCUGCAUCCCAGUCAAAUCUACCCCCGAUAAGCUGCUGGCUCUGCUUUUGGUGACCGGUGUUGGGGUCAUGUUGUUGCUAGUCAUCGGCUUUGGAAUGAUCCUACAGGGCAAGAGGAUAAAAGCAUUCCUUCUGCCUCCAAUUCCCAAACCACGCAUCAAAGGCAUCAAUCCCCUGCUUCUGAAGAAAGGGGGCUUCGAUGAGAUCAACCGUCAUUUCAUCUCCUUCCAUGGCUAUAAGCCCCCAAGCUACAGCGAGGAGGAGGUCUGGGACUCUGUCAGCAUGGACGACAACCAGUCUCUCCAGGCUCCCCUGGGGAUCCUAGCAGUCCGGAAGGAGGAUUAUGAUAUGGCCAUCCACAGCCAACUACUGGUCCAGACCACCUCCAGCCACGCCCCUUAUACCCCAGUCCCCGCCUCUUACACCCCAGUCCCCGCCCCUUACUGUCAGGCUCCAGUGGAAGCCUUCCCGACCCCGUGGGAAUGGCCAACAGCAAACCCCGACCAGCCGGAGCUUCUGGUCUUCCCGGGCACUGACUACAGCAUGAUGGUGGAUCCCACCCCUGUCCCGCCUCCGAACCAGCAGGCCCCACCCCCAUCAUCCACCCAGGGCUUCUACACGUGCGUGAACAUGCUGGGUGACAACGGACAAGUGCAUCUGGUGCCCUGCCUGCCCACCCACCUAAAACACAGCCCCUACGUACAGCUGGAGGAGGAGCUAGAGGAAGGAGGGCUGGAGAAGAGAAGCCAGUUAGAUGACUACCUGGCUAAGAAGAUGGAGGCAGUAGCCAACGGGAGUGCUCCGGGAGAGACAGUGGUAGAGACAGAGGUGGAGACAGAGUGAAGUGAGAGUGUGGAGCAGAGUGAAGUGGCUGUGCCUUUACUGCCUGGAACCACAGGCACACAGGGCAACAUGGUGUGACCAGUUAGCACACAUACUCACUCACACACACACACACACACACACACACACACACACACACACACACAGCAACAGGAAUUACUCCAGGCUAAAAUGAGGAUGUUAACUCAUGGAUGUACCUUUUUAUAUACCUCCUUAAUAUACUAACAUAAUGAUGUGUUUUUGUGAGUGCACCGGCCUGGGACAUGAGUCCUUUGUGUCUACCCCCCUCCCUUGCCUGGACAGACACUGCUGCCACCUCUAUUCACUGCUGAUAUGGCAGGGACCAUGUUCUGACUACAUUCUCUCUGUGGGGAAUCAGAGAUGCAGCAUUUGACUGUGAGGUUUUCUUUCAGAGCAGAGCCGAGGUCGGGAUACAAGAUGGAUUCCUUUUGACGCAGAAAAUCUGACAAGAUGAAAAAAAAAAACUUGCAAAGUGUCUUGAACAAUAACAAUAUAUUCUCUGUAGAACUACAACUGUUGUUGUGUGGACUGAGUCACUGAAAGGUCAAUAUACUCACCUGUACUUCGGUCCAAUCUUGUUAGAUAAUAAUGCCUGCGAACUCUCUUGUUGUUGGAUGUAGAAUUAAUGACCAACCACUCUGUGAAAGACGCUUUGAUUUUUAACAGUCAGGUUUUAGGGCUCUGUGAACUCAUUUAAUUGGAUUUAGGUGAAAAGUUUGACGAAUGCAAGAAUAGCAGUUGUACUUCACUGAGACCAGUCAUAGCCAUUCUGAGGCCCUGGCAGAAGUUAACCUGCAUUUAGAGAACAGUGGAGCACACCAAAGAUCUGAACACCCAGACCAAGAGAGCAGUACACUUCUUCAAAUAUAAAUGUAUUUUUAGAGAGAAAUUAUUGUAAUUAUUAGAAUGAAUGAAUUACAGAGGAAAUACUUUAAUAUAUCAAAUGCACUAUUGACGAGAAAUAUAACGAGGCAAUGUUAUAAUAAUAACAAUAAUAAUGAUAACAGUAAAGUACACUUAGAAAGUGAACUGUCUGGGUUCAAUCCAUGAACUAAGUCCCAGAUUUAAUACUCAGGAACUCAACCAAGCAUACAGUAGGAAGUCAACCCAGUAAAGGUGCAAUCUACUUUCAGUCCCGUGUGACGGCACAAACAUACAUACACUCAAAACUUGUUUUCCUUUUCUUGAAUGAAUGGUCAGAGAUUAAACUACAGAUUGCACUGUA